CCUUGCUCAUGAAUAGUACACAUUUCUUUGCGGGAUUUAGCUGGCAGGAGCCGGCAACGUAGCGAAUCAAGAGAGAAUACCGGCAUUUUCAACAUCAGAAGAAACUCGUACAACCGUUCUGCGAUCACACCGCGUUAGUCUCGCGUUUAGUGCGGAUGUAUACGCCGAAAACCAUGUCUGGCAACAUCGUUGCGGAAUGGCUGAGGUCCCUGCACCUCGGCCAAUACGCCGAAAGUUUCAUAGACAACGGUUACGAUGAUCUUGAAAUCUGCAAGCAAGUUGGCGACCCCGACCUUGAUGCAAUCGGUGUGUUCAACCCCGUGCACCGGAGCAGGUUGUUGCAAUCAGUACGUACCCUUCGCGAAGAAGGGGCCGCUUCCGUGUAUUUCACCCUCGAGGAGAGUGCCGCGAUUCACGAUGAGUGUUUUUGUGACGAUGUGAGUGCCAGCAGAUCUUCCAGAACAUCAUCGGGAAGGUCUGAGAAAGAAACGCGGGUGAACGCUUCACCUGGAGCUUCCUCUUCUGCGGAAAGUGGACAAGAAGUGGCGAAAUAUUUGGAUGAGUAUGAAGAGGGAAAGGCAGAGCUGGUGAAGAUACCGAGGGUGCAAUUGAAGGUGCUGUUGAGGGAGAAAUUGAGCCAGGAUGGAAUCAGGUUGAGCUGUCAGCCGUAUUCGACACAGGUGAGUUUCGUACUCGAUCAAGUAUGCAGGUGUGCAUACUUUCAACCAUGAAUAAUGGAAUAAAUCCGCUAUACUGAUAUACAUGU